UUCAUAAGCAGGGGGUGGAAAUACCACACCCACAAUUUCGACACAUCAUCAACAUGAUAAGUUGCAUUUGAAAACGAGUCCAUGUACUAGUCCGAAUACGUCCACGCCAACACCUACUGGCAGUGGAAGCGUUAUUAAAUAUGAACCAAGCGCAAUCGAUGAUACUGAAAAUGAGCAUUGCCUUACGCCUGGUGUUUCAAGUGGUCACAUUGGUACCAGCAUUUCCGUUGCACGAAAUACUGAUGAUGAAGAAGAAGAUGAUAAUAAUAAUGACAAUGAACAGCCUUGUGAUUUGCGUCUAACACAUUUUAAGUAUGAUUUGGUAUCUAGAGUAUUGCAGCAAGCUACGGAAUACAAUGAUCCAAAUGUUGCCGCACUAGCUGCUCUUAUAAGAGCUCCCGUCGCAGGACCCUCAGGUAUGCCCAACCCACAACAAUCGUCCAAUUUGCAGCAUUCUGCUUUGCAAACCACUUCCCACCACCUACAACAUCCCCAUCAAACCCAACCACAAUUACUAUUAAAUUUUCCACAACUAUCAACGUCGCAUGUGUCUCAUCCAAGAUCAAUGACGCCUCCGCGACGCUAUAGUAGUAGUUCUGGCGUUGUUUCUCCAGUUGUUGCAUUGCCUCCAAGUGCAGGCGUUGUUACUUCGCCAGGUGGAAGUACCAGCAUAGCAGCUGUUGGCAGCUCUAAUUUAACUACUGGACCGUCUACCUCAGCGGCAGCAGCAGCAGCAGCAGCAGCUUCAGUGAAUACGGCUGCUGGCAGUAACGUUUCGAGUGGUAAUAAUACUGGAGGUGGUGCUGGUCCUUCUUGGAGUGGCGCGUAUACAUGUGAACGUUGUGGUAAUUCAUAUGCACGCCCACAUAGCCUCAAUAGACACAUGCGAUUCGAGUGUGGUGUUGAACCAAAAUUUGAGUGCCCAAUUUGUCACAAAAAGUCAAAACAUAAACAUAAUCUUGUAUUGCAUAUGCGUACCCAUCAAAAUCGAUGAUAUAAUCGACAAUAACAACAAUGUUGUCGGGUGUUAUUAGCGCCCGUUUUAGCAACACCUUUAUCAACAACAACUACAACAAUAGCAACAACAACAGCUACUGCAUCUGAUGUACUGCCAACAAUUUUCGACUAUUGUAAAUGCGUUCAUGCGAUGGCAAAAAGUAACAAGGGUGCCGUUGACAAUACUUUUAACACUUCCAAUACGUCCAGUGCUGCUGUUGUUGUUGUUUGUCGGUGUUCGCUUUGAACAAUCACUUAAAUAUUGUGCACGAAUGUGAUCAACAUGUUCUGAUUUUUAUUUUAUUUAAUAAUUUUAUUUUCUUUAACCUUUUGUUGUACAUUUGUUUUUGUUCUUAUAUUUUCUUUUACACUAAUUUUA